GAAUAUACUUCAAGAUGGCGGGGAAUAUUACCCAAACAUUUUAUUCUGCUCGAGCGGAGGGGGUUUAGUGUUUUCCAUGGCGGACGAUGCGAUGCUAGUGGAUUUCCUGGCGACGCUGGACGACUACAUUCCCGCGAUUCCGGAGGAGCUGGUGGAGUACUACUUGGCCGCGGGGGGAUUCCAGGCGCACGACUCGCGCCUCACGCGCCUGGUGGCUGUGGCGACGCAGAAAUUCGUGUCCGAGGUAGCAUCGGACGCGCUCCAGCACAGCAAGGUCCGCAGCAAAUCGGCCGCCGCGGCCCCCUCCUCGGGCGGUAGCGCCAAGGAUCCCAAGCACGGCGGGCGGAUUGUGCUCACCAGCGACGAUCUGGCCGCGGCGCUGAGGGAAUUUGGGGUCAAUGUGAAGCGGCAGGAGUACUAUGCGGAUUCUGCCGUGGCUGGCAGCGCCGCCCAAGCGGCUCCGCCGACGACGCAGCCGCCCCAAUACGAGCAGCAGCUCCAGCAGUGAUGGGUGUUUAUUAGGGUUCUUCCGGAAAUCACUGAAGGGUCAAAAGAACAAAGGAUACUUUUUGAUCUUAUGGACAAAAUCUAACUUACAAGAGCAAUAUUAUUUUUUUGCUGGAAUUAA